UCUAUCAUUAAACAGACCUAGCUCAACAUUGUAUAUAAACACCAUAGACCACAUUGAUCUCUGCAAGUGUCCAACUUCAAUCAGAUUAAUUCACACAGAAGAAAAGGAGAAGAAGAAAGAUUAUUUUUUCUUGGGCAUUUCCCAAGUUUUCUUUUUUCUUCUACAAACUUUUUUUUUUGUGGGCAUUUCCCAAAAAUAUCAUUUUCCGUUUUGUUUCAAAAUUUUCUUUUAUAUUUUAUAAAAAUGGGAAACUGUUUGAAUGGAGGAAGCAACCUUAAAAGAAUGGUUCAAGAAGAAGAAAAAGAAGUGAAGAAAGAUUACAACAGAAAAGAUAGGAAGGUGAAGAUUGUUCUAAGGAGAGACGAGUUAGAGAAACUCAUUCUCUUCCAGUUAAACGCCGGUGGUGACGUCCAAGGCAAAGGAGAAACAACUUUGGCAUCCUUCGGCGACUUUCUCAGGGAGCUAGAGGCGGAGAGAUUUGCCGGAGAAGCGGCAGCAAAGGCUGCUGAGGAAGAGGAGGAGUCUCGCCGGAGAUGUCGAAAAUGGAGGCCUUCAUUGGACAGAAUCAUUGAAUGGCCUGAAGAAACACUUGCGUAAUUACUUUUCUUAAUCCUUUUAUUUUAGAUCAUUAAGUUUUUUUUUAUUUGUUCAAGAUGGGAUUUUUUUGUGGGAGAAUUUGCUUUUGCCUGAUUUUUCCUACCUUUUUCCCGAUGGAUUUUUUUUUUCACUUGAGAAAUGUUAUGUUCUCAAAGUGAGAUAUAUCUUCGGUGUUUUUAAACUGGCAGACGCUUAUUUUACCACAGAAAAAUUCCCAAAGAAGAAAAAGUACGAAACUAUGUAUUUUGUUUUCGUCUUUCAUGUGUAACGUUCAAUGUGUCGAGUGUUAAAACAUAAAUAAACUUGUGUUGCUUUGUC